UGAACAGUACAACGACAGCUCUCCCUGUUCUGGAGGUGUUGUUUUUCCUGCCGGUUGUUUCCCGCCGCUCUGAACACAGAACUUUCCUCACUCUGAAACGUUGGACCGGUUUUUUCUUCUAAACUGGAUGAGGGGGACACGCUAACGCGCCUACCUGCCAGGUGCUGACACCCGUCGGGCCAUGGACGGCGGCGGGGACCGCGCCGAGGUUCCGACGGUGUGUUCGGGAGUUUCCGGAGGAGCGCAGUCGGAGCUGCGGAAACUGCUGUCGUUCAAAGUGUACAAGCGGAGGUGGCUGGUGCUGCUGGUGCUGUGUCUGUUGAACUGCUCCAACGCGACGAUAUGGCUCACCUUUGCGCCUGUAGCAGAUCAGUCUGCCCAGUAUCUGAAGGUCAGUCUGGACGCCAUCAAUUGGCUGUCGUUGGUCUACAUGGUGGUGGCCAUUCCGCUCAGUUUUGGGACCACCUGGAUGUUGGACACCCUGGGCUUACGGAUCACGCUCAUCCUGGGAUCCUGGCUGAACAUGCUGGGAGCGAUGCUGCGCCUUGUCGGACAGCCCCACGCGGUCUCCGAUGACAUGCGGUUCUUGGUGGUGAUGCUGGGUCAGACGCUCUGCGCCCUGGCUCAGCCGCUCAUCAUCUUCACCCCCACCAAGGUGGCUGCUCUGUGGUUUCCCGACCACCAGCGGGCCACGGCCAACAUGAUCGCCUCCAUGUCCAACCCUCUGGGCAUCCUCCUCGCCAACGUCAUCUCGCCUCUGAUCGCCAAGUCCUCUGCAGAAAUUCCAGUUCUGAUGCUUGCCUACGGAGCCCCGACGUGCAUCAUCUGUUUCCUAGCAACACUGGGAAUCCGGACCAGCCAACCCCCGACUCCACCAUCAGCCAGCGCCGAGUCGUCCGGAUCAGAACCGUUUGUCCAGGGAUUAAAGCUGUUACUGAAGAACAAAGCCUACCUGGUCCUGCUGCUGUGCUUCGGCUCCGGCAUCGCCGUCUUCACCUGCUUCUCCACGCUGCUGGAGCAGGUCCUGUGCGUGCAGGGAUACACCAACGACUUUGCGGGGCUGUGCGGGGCGCUCUUCAUCGUGUUCGGCAUCGUGGGCGCCGGAGCUCUGGGCCUCUACGUCGACAAGACGAAGAAGUUCAUCGAGGCCACCAAGAUCAACAUGGGCCUGACGGCGCUGGCGUGCGUCGCCUUCUCUGUGGUGUCUCUGAUGCCGCGGCAGAAGUUCGCCGUCGCCGCCGUCUGCUCGCUCUUUGGCCUCUUCGGCUUCUCCAUUUACCCGGUGGCCAUGGAGCUGUCGGUGGAGUGCUCCUACCCGGUGGGGGAGGCCACGUCGGCUGGACUCGUCUUCGUGUCGGGGCAGGUUCAGUCGGUUCUUUACAUCAUCGUCCUUCAGGCUUUAACCACACGACUCGCCGACUCGCCUCAGUCGACCUGCGGGGAUGCAGCGUUCAGCUGGAGAGUUCCUCUGAUGGUGAUGGCGGGUCUGUGCAGCUUCUUCUCCUGCAUCUUCAUCGUCUUCUUCCACAGCCGUUACCGACGCCUGGAGGCAGAGCAGGAAGCCAGCUACCGGCCCAAGAGAGGCAACUCCACGGCCGCGCCGAGCACGGGGACAUGAACACGGGUUACACUUUGGAACUUUUAGGAUUCCUGAUGUGGUUUCUAUGAAGUGGGGGUCUCUGAUGAAGGGUUAGGAAAUAAUAGGUGGCUCUAAAAACGACACCAUCUGAAACUUUGGCUUCAGGAAACAAAGUUAUUAAGCUGAAAAAGUUCAGAGAUGGACUAAAAAACAGUCAUGGCAGACUUUAAAUCGGUACUGAAUUUUUUUUUUUUUCAGAACUCUGGAGCACUUCUUACCAAAAACAAAGGUACUACUUCCUGUCUGAGCUUAUAGGUUAGCGGUUGUGGGUUUGAGUCAAAUGUCCAAAUUCCCACCAUAAACCCUACAUAGUGCACUCUAUAGUACAUUCUCUAUUUUCUAGUGCUGUAGAACCUAGAAUUCCAAAAUCAAGUGCCUUAGAAAUUUCCCAGAAGUCUCUGUGAAAAACCAGCGUGCAUCGAUGCUCACCAGAUCGGUGAAUAUAGACCACAAUGCAUUGUGUUGGAACAAUUUUUGCCAAAAAAAAUGUAUUUUUUAAUAAAGCAUCAACAUUUCUGUCUUCAGAAGACAGAUUUAUAAAUAAUCGUUAAACGCUCAUCAAUUAGAUUUUAACUUUGUGAAAUGCCGUUUAAGUAGUGAGCAUUGUGUCCAAACUGCUUUUAAAAUCCAUAGUGCUGCACUUUAGAGUUUUUUAGUAGUUAGGGUGGGAAUUCAGAUACAACCAUAAAUGGGAUUGUUUUUUUUUGGGACCAGGUACUUCCUGUUGGAACGCCAGGUGGGAGGAGUCACUCAGUCCAGUUCCCUGACACAGUCGGUCGUUUUAGUAAAACUGGAAUUGAACUGAUUUCUCAGAAUAGCCUUUAGUUUUUGAACUGGAUGUGUGAUUCGGUUCUUAAGCAGCGGCGUGCCAGAACACAUUUACCUCAACGUGAGACUUUUAAACUGUAAUGAAGCAAAUGAUUUUGAAAUAAAUCCAGGAGAGAAAAGUUUGUUAAAA